AUGUCAUCUCGCUUAGGGCCCGUGUUACGCCGGCGCGACAUGGUUUUGGGUCGUGCUGCCAACCGUGGGCGCCACAUGUCAGAUGAUACUGCUUACCAUCGAGAAGAAGAUCAUGAUCGCAAAUGGCUCCGAGAGCUCGAACUUGAGCGUCAACAAGAACGAGAACGCAGUCACCGGCGGGCGCAUCCGCAGAUGACAAACUCAAUGGUAAGUGGGCGGGCGAAGCCGGUUCAGUUCGUCCAGGCCCAUGCAGGCAAGGGGGCCGUGUUUAACUACAGCUCUCGCCAUCGCAGGCCAGAGGCCGACAAGAAAACACUCCAGGAUCCUGAGAUCUUGGCACGUCGAAAUCGCGCACCCGGAAAGCCCAACCUUCCAUUCCCUGAGCAGCACACAUUCUCUUUACCUUCUUCGUCAUUUAACGCCUCUUCCUGGGUCUCAUCUGGUGUUGCUCCACCACUUGCCGGGCGCAGUGCCGCCGGCAUUGGAGAGGGCUGGGUCGGCAUGAAAAUACAACACAAACCAACGGCACUCAUCAUGCCUGGGCAGGGAUCGCAAUAUGUCACCAUGGCUCGAGAUUUAUAUGAAUCUUUCGCUACCGCUCGCCGAGUUUGGGAGGAAGCAGAAGAAUGCAUUACAGCCUUCAUCAUGGCACGGCCCUUGGACAAUAUGCACCCGGAUCCUCUGCGCACUGCCUUCGAAGCGCAUCUUGCGCGUGACCAAGCACUUGAAGAGAGUGUGCGCUCGGCACCAAGGUCGUUAAAGCCCGGUUGGCUUUGUGAUCUUGUCUUUCGCGGCUCACAGCUUGAGCUUACGCGUUCCGAAAAUGCCAUGCCGGCAAUCCUCACUGUGACGCUAUCUUUUCUGGCAGUUCUUCGCCAAGAAUUUGAGAUCGACUUUGUCAAAGAUCAUAUGAGUUGGAUUGCUGGUCACGGCUCCGGAAUCUAUGCCGCACUUGUUGCUACGGGAGCAAUUGAGCCUAUGGAUGCUUUGCGGGCCAUGCGGUAUCGCGGUCUUGCCGCAAUGAACUGCUUGAUGACGCACCCAGUUCUCUUCCCUGAUGGGUGUGAGCCACCCGCAAGUAUGUAUGAAACGUGGGCAUUUGCGAACGUGUCGAGCGGGAAAGGAAGCAACUUGGUGUUGGAUGAGGAGGAAGCGCAGUCGCCAGAUGACACCAAAUACACUGACUGGCGCGGUACACAGGUAAGUGCUAUUGUCGUUCGGCCUGGGCAGCUCGAGCGUGCCUUGAAUGAAGUUCAAUCCGUGCAAGCAGAAAUCCACGCUGGUCGUGUUCCAGGCAUUGCUCGUGAUGAGUUCGUCGAAACAUCUCACGUGAAUUCUCAACUUCAAAUCGUGCUGGCCGGCACGACGGUGGGCGUAAACUAUGCAUGCGACAGAUUGCGGUUCAAGGGAAUCGGUGCACAUGCCGUGAAUUUACCCAUGUCGGGCCCGUACAACACAUCAUUUGUUGAGACAGGAAGCCGUGCGUUCGCUGGCCUCGUCGAUGUAAUGCCUCUACAUGAGCCAUGUCGAGAUGUGAAAGUUGUUUCUUCAGUGGAUGGUCGUAUUUUUGACAACGUCGAAGAUAUUCGAGAUGAUUUGCGUGUGGCCCUUUCGACGCCUGUACGAUGGCUCAAUUCCAUUGACACGCUUGUGAAGGAAGGCGCACGUCGUUUCGUUUGCCUUGGUCCCAGCCGGGCAAUCGCGCAGCAGUUGAGCCGUGAGUUAGCUCUUCGUGAACGCGCACAAGGCAGGGAUGGUCUCGCUGGCAACUGUGCGGACGAUCCCGAGUCCUUGGCAUUUGAGGUAUGGAGCGUUGCCACCGCAGAGGGCGUGGAGCAGCUAGUAAGUUCGUUGCGGUCAUUACGAUCCGCAUAG